UUCUAAAAAAAAAAAUACAAAUUCUUCUCUUACUGAUACUGAUUAUAUUAAUACUAAAGAAGAUUCAGAUUUUUUAAAUAAUUCUGUUUUACCAAAUGAAGAUUCAGAUUUUUUAAAUGAUUCUGUUUUACCAAAUGAAGAUUCAGAUUUUUUAAAUAAUUCUGUUUUACCAAAUGAAGAUUCCAAUUUUUUCACAGAAUCUGUUUUACAAUAUAAAAGUUCUGAAUCUUGUGUAGAGUUAAAAGCAAAGGUUAUUAUUAAAAUUGAAAAUUCUUCCACACUGAUACCUGGAAAAUAG